CUCGUCGCCUGCUUGUGGGCAUGGUCGAGUUUAGCUGAAUUUGUUUAUUUUCAUCGUGCGCAGUGCCCAACAGGAAUAUACGAGAUAAACUGCUUUUUCAGAUCUGCUGCCUCCUCUGUUGUUCAUUCUUAUGAGCCGCAAAUCCCCGCGGCCACGUCGCUAACUCUAAAUCGUAAUUCAAGCGCUAACUUCAGCUAUAAGCCAGGUACCCUGGCUGUUGCGAAGAUAUCUGUAGUUUGUGCAGCACACGCUGAGAUUUAUAACAGACCUCUUACAUACACCUCCAGGACUCGUCGCAGUUUGAUCGUAUACACCAUGACAAACGCGCUGCUCGAUGGAAAGAAGGUUCAUGCACUUAUAAGUGCCGUCGGCGCCAACAGGGAUCGUUUACGACAAAGUAUCGACGGAUUACGGCAAUUGCACGACCGGUGGCAGGAUCACAAUGACACUUCAAUCAAUCUUAUCGCGCAACUGGCAGCGCUGAAAUCGAACUUUGACAACAUGCUAGACGCCAUGAACUAUGCGAUCAACGACAUGCACCCGCAACUACUUUCUGACUUGGACGUUUUGAUGACUUCAUGCGCCCUGCUUGUGCGGCAUCUGGAUGAUUUGAUUGAGCGACUCAGACAGUCUAAUCAUGAUGCUAUGGACUGUGCCAUCAAAUUGAGGUACACAAUAGGCAGUAGGACAAUGGAGAGGUUGAGAAAAGUUGCGCAGCGGCAAACAGAGGCUGUAACAAUAUUAGUCGCGGCAUGCAACUGUCAUGCCAAAGCGCAGCGCAAGAUUCUACUUCACAAAGGCCGCCAUAUCAAGGAGGAAGACGUCACAUCCCUCAAGAUGUUAGCGCGAUCAUCAAAGUGGAAUGGCGGGUGUAUCAGAGCCCUCACGCAGGUCUCUCGAACCAUCCAAUGUUCGAAAUACUUCCUCAAUUCGAAGAUUUUACGGAACGGGUCAGACUAUGUAUUGACUGGAGAGGAUUACGAGAGUGCCGCAGCAAUGAUACGCUCGGAAGCAAUCGAUCGUGUUUUGCAAGGCGACGCGACUACUCUUCGUCGAGAAACGAAGAUCGUACUUAUGGGCGCCACUCAAAGUGGCAAACAGCUCAUCAUGCGUCAAAUGAAAGCUCUCUAUGCUGGAGGCUACUACACAACUAGCGAGCGCACCAGCUAUUGUCAAGACGUACGCUCGACGAUUCGACUGCUUGUUCACGCUAUCAUCGAUCUGCUGAAAGAUACAGGUAUCAACCUUUCACGAGACCUGAACCGAGACUUUGCCGUCUUGCUCCACGAAGUGGAAACGGAGGAUGUGCAACACAUUACGCCCGCAGCUGCUGAGGCAAUUGAGAACAUCUGGAUGUGUUCGGUCUUCUCCACAAUCUACAUCCGCAACUCUGAAAUUCGCUUUCCACAGUAUGCAUCAUACUUUGCGCAAGAGACCUCGAGAAUUGCCGAAAACGAAUACAUUCCAUCCGAGGCAGAUAUCAUCCGUUUAGACCAAUCGGAAGGAGGCAUUAAGGAAUUGCGUUUCAGCUGGGACGAAUUGGAUGUCCAUCUUUUCAAUAUCGGCGGCCACAUUCCAGAUCAGUUCCGCAAGCGCUGGUUCCACCAACUCGAAGGGACAGCUUCGCUCAUCUACACAGUUGAUGUCUCCCUCUACGACCAGCCCUACUUGGGCUCUUCCACCGAUUCAUGGCUUCUAAGCGACUUUGAGAUCUUUGAAGAACUCGUGAACUGGGAGAAGUUCAAAGAUUCGUCCGUCAUCCUAGUCCUCAACAACUUCAGCCGCUUCUGCGAAAAACUGCAACACACGCCGCUUUCUGUUUUCUUCCCAGACUACACGCCCAACGAGGCUGAUCCGGACACAUCCGCACGUCAGUACAUCCUGCGCCGAUUCAAAAACGUCAAUCAGAGGGGUCUGUCCAUCUACUCGUUCUGGGUUGACCUCGAUAUGGGCGACAAUCAGAAUUUAUACGCCGCACUCAAGAAGACACUGUUGCAUAUCCAGCAACGAAAAGCUAAGGAGGAAGUCAUGAAUGCGCAUACAAGUAGAAAUCGCUCAGACAGUACGGUACUCAGUUCACUGUUAAGGCGAAGUGAGUCUACUUAGAACGGGUCGAACGUAGGCUCUCACAAGUCAAAGAGUCCAAUGCAUGGCAGGUAGACUAAUUAGACCUGUGAGAGCACAAGUUGACGAUGAGGUUGGAUAUUCUGCCCUCGGGUUCUUUUGCUAGCGUAGGGGUCUUUGGGCUACACGACACCAUAGCAUGCAUGGGAGGAUCAAUUUGAUGAGUACAUCAAGCGAUAUAAUGUUGUAAUUUUCUUCCUUGAACUCAGCCUACGGACAGGCUACGAGAAUAC